AUGUCCAGUCCUGCGGAAGAACCUUUGAAAGAACAAGUUGUCAAGGGAGAAAUCGAUUCGCUCGAAACUAAAGCACGUUACCUUGGUUACUUGGGUCGUUUACGAACUGCCCUUGUUGCUUCCUCUCGAUAUUUGGCUUACACCUCUGAUGUCGGUGAGGCAUUCAGACCGAUCGUUCACCCUGCUAUUGUUACAGCCGCUUAUGGUAUCAGCUGGGCUUAUUUGGGAUUAGAUGUGGGUUAUGAAGGUUACAAAGCUCAUCAUGCUGGAGAGGAUAACGCCGCAAUUGCAACUACAGUUGUCAAGAGAGGUGUAUUUCAAUCAUUAGCGAGUAUGGCGUUUCCUAUGCUUACCAUCCACUCGGUUGUCAAAUACAGUGCUUAUGGCUUUAAAAAUGUCAAAAGUCCCAAGAUCAAAGCAUGGGGUCCUACUGUGCUAGGUCUUGGCGUGAUUCCAUUCCUGCCGUUUAUCUUUGAUGAGCCUAUUGAACAUAUUGUUGAUAAGGUAUUCAAGCCUAUAGAAGACAAGUUUGCUCGAGGACAGGUCGCUAGAUUAGGUCACAAUAAGGCUGGUGACGAUCUGCCCACGGAAACAAAGAAAGAUCAAUAA